UAUUCAAAAUACCAUAUAAAAUGUAAUUUCCUAUAUAAUUAUUAAUUUUACAUAUGGGUUUUAGAAAGAAUAAAAGGAAAAAACUGUGUUUUUUGGGAUAUAAUUCCACCAAAAUCAAAGGCAAAGGGCCUGUUUGGGCAUUGUCAUUUGAGGAAAAAAUUACGUGGACUACCCAAUUUUAGUUAACCAUUAUAAUUUUUAUCCACAUUUUUAAACUCUUCUGUUAAUACUUAAAAUCUUAAUCAAUGUCCCCAUUGUACCCUCCCCAUUACACACCUCAAAGACAAUAAAAUAACUUCUCCAAUACUCAUCUUUCACACCCAACCUACCUCUGAGCUGCUACCACUCCGGCUUCGCCACCACUUUCAUCUUUCGCACGACGAGUCAACCGAACUAAGUGGACUCAAUUCACAGUCAUGGCUCAUCAUCUUGUUCACCACAACCCAGUCUAGCUCACAUAUCUUCUAGCCACCCUUUCGACGUCGCGGGCCACCACCAAAUCUGUUGUUGGAGUUGAACUUCCUUUCAAAUCCAUGGCAUAUUGAAGAGGAGAAAGUUUAUAUUAAAGUCAGAAAACCCACUCACUCAGGCUCAGCUCUCUCUGCCGCCUUUGCUCUCGACGUUCUUCAUUGAACUCAGUUUCUGGGCUAAAGUUCUUUGCUAGAUUUGAUUAGUUCAGGAGAAGAAUACUUAAACUGUAAUUACAAAUGAGUCUUGCCACUGAUUCGCCCGUCAACUCAUCUAGUAGUGACGACUUUGCAUCGUUUCUUGAUACUACACUUGAGUCUAAUUCUUCAGAGUCGUCACCAAAAGGAGAAGCUGAGGAGGAGGAUAGAGAGGAGGGUGAGGAAGAGGAGGAUGCUGAUGUUGAUGUUGAAAACGAGAGGGUCAAAAGGAGGAAAAUGGAGGAAGUAGAAACCAUUGAGGAAAUUUGCAGGUCAACUUUGCAAGAAUCUCAAGAACAAAAAUUAGAGGAAUCAGCAAAGAUAGAUGCAUGCACACAUCCUGGUUCUUUUGGAAAUAUGUGUAUUCUUUGUGGUCAGAGGUUGGAGGAGGAGUCUGGCGUGACAUUUGGUUACAUUCACAAGGGAUUAAGGCUUCAAAAUGAUGAAAUCGUUCGACUACGGAGCACAGACAUGAAGAGCUUAUUACACCAUAAAAAGCUGUGUUUGGUUCUUGAUCUUGACCACACACUGCUAAAUUCCACUCAACUUGUACAUAUGACAUCAGAGGAGGAAUAUUUAAGAACCCAAGCAGCUUCUCCUCUUGAUGUCUCUGAUGGGAACCUCUUCAUGUUGGAGACUAUGCAUAUGAUGACGAAAUUAAGACCAUAUGUCCGGAGUUUUUUAAGGGAAGCAAGGAAUAUGUUUGAACUAUAUAUAUACACUAUGGGAGACCGGCCUUAUGCCUUGGCAAUGGCCAAGCUGCUUGAUCCUAAAAGAGAAUAUUUUGGCGAUAGAAUAAUAUCAAGGGAUGAUGGCACUGUGAAGCAUCAAAAAGGUCUUGAUGUGGUGCUAGGUCAAGAAAGUGCUGUCUUGAUUCUUGAUGAUACUGAAAAUGCUUGGACAAAGCACAAAGACAAUUUAAUACUGAUGGAAAGAUAUCAUUUCUUCAGAUCAAGCUGCCAGCAAUUUGGAUUCAAUUGUAAGUCCCUCUCCGAGUUGAAGAGUGAUGAAAGUGAGGUUGAAGGAGCUCUUGCGACAGUUCUCAAUGUGCUUAAACAAGUGCACAGUAUGUUUUUUGAUGAAUCGGGUGAUGAUCCUAUAAACAGAGAUGUGACACAGGUGCUGAAAACUCUUCGAAAGGAAGUCUUGAAAGGAUGUAAAAUUGUUUUCAGCCGAGUUUUCCCCACCAAAUAUCAGGCUGAGAAUCAUCAUCUCUGGAAGAUGGCAGAGAAUUUGGGUGCUACUUGUGUAACAGAACUCGAUCCAUCAGUGACUCAUGUGGUCUCGACAGACGUUGGAACAGAGAAGUCGCGAUGGGCUCAGAAAGAGAAAAAGCUUCUGGUUCAUCCAAGGUGGAUUGAAGCCUCAAAUUAUAUGUGGCAAAAGCAAUCUGAAGAGCUUUUUUCUAUUAACCAAGUGAAAAACCAAUGACAUUCUUUCAUUACCCCUUACUCUGACUAGUUAUAUGACCCUUUUGAGUUCAUACUCUUGCACUUGAUAUAAGUUCGACCUCUAUGAUCUUAUUCAAUCAGUGCUGAAAAAUCCAUUUUGACUAUAGAAAUCUGAGUAUCUCAUUUUGUAAAUGUUUGGUUUAUUACUUAUUAACGAGCAGGCUUCUAUUUUAGAUUGCUAACUGCUAAGUUGGAACAUAUAUUUUCUCUUCACAAUUUAAGAGUACUGGACCAUGUAAUAUCUUGUACUUAGCAGCCGAGGCUGUUUUUAGCUUUUUAUUUCACUUGGUUUUGCAUUGUAAAAA